CAGUUCCUCAGCCUUACAGUCAGGCAAUAACGAAGUACCCAUCUCCAACGCAACCCUUUAAAUAUUCUCCUUCCCCAAUUCAACUGCGUCUUCAAACCCCUAUUCAAGAUGGGCUCAGACGCCGAUUUAUAUGGGAUCCGAAAGCCCAAAAAUGCGCCCAAGGAAAUAUCCUCAUCCACGAGCCUGGCCUUCUCAUCGACGCUCUCCAGCCUCCUCUCAACCCAAGCCAACAACACACAACAACGCGGCCGUCCGCGAGCUUCGAAAACGAAACCCGACAUCUUCGCCUCGCAUAACAAGAACACAAAGAAACGCGCUGCACGGGAUCUAGAGGACGAUGACAACCAGGGGGAACAAGUCCACAAGAAGGACAUUGGCGCUGUUGACGAUGCGGUCCUGCACCGCUCGAAGAGGAAAUUAGAAGAGAAGGCGAAACAGUACCGUGAAAUGAAGAGGGACGGUUACAUAGCGGGGGAAGGUGGGCAGGACGAGCCCCUGAUCGACUUUGAUCAGAAAUGGGCAGAGAGCCAGCGGCAGGGGAAAGAAACCGACGACUCCUCAGAAGCGGAAUCGGAUGAUGGACAAGGAGAGAUCGUGGAGUACGAAGACGAGUACGGGCGCCACAGGAGAGGAACGAAGGCAGAGGCCCUAAGAAUGGAGAGGAGGAAGCUGAACAAGGCACGGGGCGCGGAAGAGCUGGAUCGGAUGAGUGCGCGGCCUUCGAUGCCGAGCAAGCUCAUCUAUGGCGAUACCGUCCAAGUGGAGGCCUUUGAUCCUGACGAACCAAUUGCAGCACAGAUGGAAGAGCUUGCAAAGAAGAGGGAUAGAAGCAUGACCCCUCCCGAGCAGAAGCACUAUGAAGCGGAUAAGGAGUUUAGGAUUAAAGGCGUCGGAUUUUACAGCUUUUCGAAGGAUGCUGAACUCAGGGAGAAGGAGAUGGCGGCGUUGGAACAGGAAAGACAGGAGACGGAGAGAGUGAGGAAAGAAAUGGAGCAGAGAAAAGAGAAAAGACGGCAGGAAAUAGAGGAGAGGAGGAAGGCGAUUGGAGAGAAAAGGGCAAAGAAGCAGGCUGAUAGUUUUCUAGACGGCUUGACUGCAGACUUAGGGUCCGCGGACGGAUGACACAGGAUCGGGUUACUAUCACCAUAGCAUGUCAGUCUCAAGCCCGACAGCUCCUGAAGGUAGUGUUUGGGCUUCGACUCGAAGCAUAUUUCGAGACCCUACCACAGGCCCAGCUUGUGUGUUUCCACAAAGAAAUUUUGGUACAUGCCAAAAGUCAGAAGGUUGU